AUGCACAAGGACACAAAUCCUAGAGUUAUUAUCUAUAGUUUAUAUGUUAACCAUAUAACUCUGUUACAGGUCAGUCACGCUGCAUCAUGUGCAUGCUUAAGUGACAGAAAAAAAUUUCCAUCUUUCUUCAGAACUGUUCCCAGUGAUUAUUUCCAGAGCAGAGCGUUGGCAAAGCUGGUCAAAUAUUUUGGAUGGACAUGGGUAGGGGCCCUAUGCAGUACUAAUGAUUAUGGUAUGAAUGGUAUAAAUGAAUUCAUCAAUGCAGCAAAAAAAGAGGGAAUCUGUGUUGAGUAUUCCAAGGCAUUUUAUAAGACAGACUCCAGAGAAAAAAUUCUGAAAGUAGUUGAGAUUAUCAAGGCUUCAACCUCCAAAGUUAUUGUAGCUUUUGUCUCAUAUUCUGACAUGGGGGUUCUUUUAAAGGAAAUGGCCUUACAGAACAUGACUGGGUUUCAGUGGAUUGGAAGUGAGUCCUGGAUCUCAGAUUUAAACCCAGCCAAUGUUCAAUGGCAGCAUGUUCUAAAAGGGUCUUUGGGUUUUGCUAUCCCAAAAGCUGAAAUCACUGGCCUUGGGGAAUUUCUGACUAAGCUUAAUCCAGCUUCUGAUAUACCUAUUUACAAAGAGUUGUGGGAGACAGUAUUUCAGUGUAAACUUUCAACACAAGAAAAUGUUGAGAUGAAACAAUUGUGCAAGCGCAACGAAAGUCUCACUCAAGUUCAAAACCUUUAUACAGAUGUUUCAGACUUACGACUUGCAAAUAAUGUUUAUAAGGCUGUGUAUGCUGUGGCUUAUGCUCUGCAUAGCAGUUAUGGAUGUUCACAGAGGGACAGUGGACAAGGUGCUGAUGUGUGUACAAACCUUGCAGAUAACCAGCAACCAUGGCAGGUAAGUGUAACAAAAUAUCCUGGUGGAAAAAUUUAUUUUUAUAUUCAUAAAUGAAGAGUAUGCAAUGCUUCCUUUAGAU